AUGGGCUGCGCCAGGGAGGACGCGAUCGAGCACUACGCGCUGUGCCGCCCCUACAUUGACUGCUGCUCGCGGUACUUGGGGCCUCCCGCGCCCGUCCAUAGACACGCGCUGGAGGAUUUCGUCGGCAUCGACCGGUCCUCGCUUUCAUCGUGGGGUAGUUCGUCGCUGACGGGGGCGGAGAAGAGCGCCCUGAGGGCGAUCUCCGUUUACGCUCUGCACAUGACGCACGCGCAGGUCCGCCACGGACGUCGGACCUCCGAGGGCGCGAAUGCCUGCCGUGGCCACCUCCGCGAGGCCACGCGGUGCCACCCGAAGUCCACGGAGCUGAUGGUGAGGGCAUUCGCUUCGCGGGGCGCGCGGGCAACCAGAGGCUGA